AUGGCCAUGACACCGGUCAGACCGGCCUUCCGCAAAAUAUCCCUCCUCCGUUGUCCCUCCGUCCGCCGCUCCCACUCAACUUCCACCUCCUCCGUCUCCGCAUCCGAGGUCUCCCACUUCUCAUCCCUCGCCAGCUCCUGGUGGGAUCCUAUGGGCCCCUCACGGGUCCUCCAUUUAAUGAAUCCAAUCCGCCAUGAAUUCAUCGCAUCCUGCCUUGCCGAAUCAUCCCCAGACUCUCUUACGAAACAACCCGGAACCCCUCCGAACACACUCCACUAUCUUGACGUCGGCUGCGGUGGCGGCAUCUUCGCCGAGUCGCUCGCGCGAACUAUUCCCAUUCCGGGGUCUACAGAGUCUAAAUCGGGGACCGUCACCCGGGCUGCCUCAAUAACAGCCAUCGAUCCCACAACGACACUUAUCCAGAUUGCGCGUGACCAUGCUCGCAAGGACCCCAAGGUUUUGGCACACCUGAACGAAGGGAGAUUCCAAUAUGUGAACUGUACGUUGGAAGACGUCAUCGCCUCAUCACCGAACGCGAAUCAGUCCUCAAAUUCAACGGACGCAUCAAGAGCCGGGGCUGGAGUCCGAAGGAAAGAUGGUUUCGAUGUGAUUACUCUCUUUGAGGUCAUCGAGCACAUUGACACAAACGCUUCCAUCACCCCGCUCACUUUUCUAACCAACUGUCUGCGGCUUCUCAAACCCGGCGGAUGGCUAAUUGGUUCAACGAUUGCACGGACCUUUCCUUCCUGGCUCGUAAACCAGGUUAUUGCCGAGGCGCCGUGGCCGGUCGGUGUCGUGCCGAAAGGGACGCACGAGUGGAAAAAGUUCGUCAACCCAGAUGAAUUAGAAAGCUGGGCAAGCGAGGGGUUGAUGCGGUCUGUGGAUCUGGAGAGGAAUUCGGUGGCGAGGAGUGGGAGUGAGGCACUCGAUGGGAUGAGAUGGAAAUGCGCGGGUGUGGUAUAUUUCCCUGGCCUUGGGUGGAAGUUUGUACCUGGAUCGGAGAGUUGGGGAAACUACUUUUGGGCUAUAAGAAGAGGGGUGUAA